AUGUGGAUAAAUGUCAAUUUAGGUACACCAAAGAUAAGUACAACAACUUCGAUUUCGACCACUUAUAGUGGUACCACGAAGCUGUCGACAAAAGUAACAACAUACACUGCUGCUGAAUCAACUACCAAGGUUGUGACGACCACAUUCUGUGACUACAACCAAUCGGCUACCAUAAUUUUAGACGACAUCAAUGAUCCAAGACUGGAUAGUCUGUCGGAGGAUGAGAGACAGAUGUUGGACAGUGAAGAGUGGGGGGAGGCCAUGGCCAGCUCCCUCGCCAGUUCCAUCCCCGGCUGCUCCUGGGUCUGCUACAACUGCACCUGCUGCUACUGCAUGGCUGGAUCGUUCCAGACUUGCUUGGAAUUCGAGGACUGUGUCGAGGCACGAGACUCUGGGUCUGAUUCCAAAGACUGGAUCUGUACCGACUUGACAACAUACACGCCCUCUUACUCCACAACACCCGAGAUGACUACACCCUUCACGACUCCACCGACCGAGACCACGACAACUGAACCCGAGUGCAUGUUCUGCGAGAAGAUGGUGUCAGGUCUCUCGAUCAGUGGAAUUGGUGACAGCUCCGCGCCUGGAACAGUGGAUGACUCGCCCGUCUUUUUGACCUUGACCGAAGGCGGAAGUGGCCUGAGCCGACAAUUCAUUCACGUGGCACUAGAUGGCAAACAGAUUGUAAACACAGUGAAACUCGACCUUGAGGACCAGACUGUGAGGCUGAAUGCAUUUACAGUGUUGUACUAUGAUUCGGAUACUCUGGAAGAAGGAACAACUCUUAAGGAGUUUAAAGAAGAUGGGGAGGAAGUAACAUAUACAGUGAACCCGCAGUUCCCAUGCAGUCUCUACGAUGGAAGCUCACCUGAUUUGGAGCCGACAGUGUUCAGCUCCUUCAGCAGUGACGUGAUCGAGUACAUGGUUCCAGCUGGAGCGUAUGUGAAGGCAAAGGGUCUGCUGUUAGUGCCAUCUGCCGAAAUGUGCACCACAUCUUCGACGGACAGUGAGAGUAUCCUGGUUGAGAUCAAACCAGACACAGUCAAAGUUGGCCAGAAUGAGUGCAACGAGGACGAAGACCAGUGCAUGAGUGCCGAGGAGCCAGAACCCUGUGCGGAAGAGAUGGAGGAGGCUAGUUUGGACAGUGUAGUGGUGACCUCUAAGACCUGUGAGGAGAGUAUGAUUGAUGAUGUCCUACCAGUGGGCGUGUUGAUGAAGACCGACUUCCAAGUUGGACAAGGACAACAGGACGCUCAGCUCACCGGUUUCUCAGUAGUGUUCGAAUCCGAUGACUCACCGAGUGAACUGAAGGUGGCGAUCGUAUUCCGAACUUUGGAAGGCACCGAGUACCAACUGGGAACUUACUUCGGACCCCUGGGAGUUGCUGAGAAGCAAUUCAACUCCACCGUUGACCCGACAAACGAAGACGUUAAAAUGUGGGAUGUGUUGGCCGAAGAUGGAGAGGCCUCGAUUGAGUUCACCUUCAACGACACUGGCUCCUUCCCCGCCACUUCUCUCUCAGUCUACAUUCUGCAGACAGACUCACUCGACUCCUGCAACAAGUUCGACACAGCUGGAGACAGCAGUGCCAUCACAAUCACUGUAGAGGGAUGCUUCAAGCCCUCAACUACAGCCCUGACUACGGGACCUGUUAGCAGUACCACUUACUACUGUGAGGAGAACCCCCUGACCAGCUACACGAAGGCUGUCUCCUUCAAGGAAACAGAUUCGGGAAGACAAGCAGAACUCAUCAACUUCGGUAUCGACCAGAAACUUGUGCGCCUGGUGGUUGACCCCACUGGAGAUGUGUCCCCUGGAUCCCCAGCAUCUCCAAAGAGGUUCACCUUCCAACUCGUCUUCGUUGAUGAUAAUGGAGUAGAUGUGACCCCAGUUGACCCCAACAAACCAACUGCAGACAUCACAACUUUGGUCCUGAAAAGCGGAAGUGCAAGCGAAGUGAAGAAUGUGAGUUUCGAAGAGGUGGGUGUGGCCACAGUGAGUGUGAGGAUGAUUGAUGUGAGUGGACCCACUUCACAAGAGGGAGAUGACGAAAUAGCUCUCGUCAUCACACCCGUCAUAUGCUCAGAAUUCAUGACCACGAGUGAAAUAACGAGCACUGGAAUGACCACUACACAGACCACAGUGCGAACAUCUACAUCCAGAAGCACUCAGCAGUCCACAACCACAGUCAUCACUACUCAGACAGUCACUCCUUGCGCGGGCAUGACAAAUGACACCGAGCCAAUCGCCGUCGGAACCAUCGAGGAGAAAAAUUGUUCCGACUCAGAAAUGAACACCGACACUGAAGAGGAGCUCAUACUCUCCGACGACUCCGAGGAUCCCAUAUACUUGGACUCCAUCUCCCUUGGCGGGAUCCCUGCCGACCUUGAGGAGUUCGAGGUGUCAAUCACUCUGGUAACACUGGAUUUCGCUGGUGUCCCCGUGAACAUGUUCCUGUCGUGGGACGAAGCCAGUGGAAAUUUCAAGGAAGUCGAAACUAAAGAAGAACAAGUUGCUGUUGUGGUUGACAUGACAGAACUCGUCUCUUCAUCGCCCUCUAGCGACGACAAAUCAACACCCUACAUCACCGUCAGGAAUGACUCAUCUGUUCAAAUUGCAGUGGGAAGCAACUUCGAGGGAGAGAGGGUGACCUCGUUCCCAGCCAACAGAGUCGUAAUCUCUUUCGACCAAUGCAUUGAGUCUGACGUGGAGGUCAAGGCUUGCAUGUGCGAAAAAUACGAGACAACAACUGGCACUAUGCGAUCAACAACAGUGAUUACAACUCAAUCUACACCAACAGAGACCACAGUGAUCACCUCAUCCUCCACCACAAAGUCCACUUCUGUGACGUCAUCUACAGUUUCCACCUCACAGACAACUGUGUACACGAGUAGUUCAGUUGAGCCGACUACAACAGUGGCACCCACUACCUUUAAGACGACAACUUUGGCACAGACGACAUCAGGCGAAGUUUCAUCUACAACAAUAACAACAACCCUACCUGGAGAAACAACAAUGCCAGGAGAAACAACUGUGCCUGGAGCAACAACCGUGCCUGGAGCAACAACCGUGCCUGGAGCAACAACCCUGCCAGGAGAAACAACCGUGCCUGGAGCAACAACCGUGCCUGGAGCAACAACCGUGCCUGGAGAAACAACCGUGCCUGGAGCAACAACCGUGCCUGGAGCAACAGCCCUGCCAGGAGCAACAACCGUGCCUGGAGAAACAACCGUGCCUGGAGCAACAACCGUGCCAGGAGCAACAACCGUGCCUGGAGCAACAACCGUGCCAGGAGAAACAACCGUGCCAGGAGAAACAACCGUGCCUGGAGCAACAACCGUGCCUGGAGAAACAACCGUGCCUGGAACAACAACCGUGCCAGGAGAAACAACCGUGCUUGGAGCAACAACCGUGCCAGGAGAAACAACCGUGCCUGGAGCAACAACCCUGCCAGGAGAAACAACCGUGCCUGGAGCAACAACCGUGCCAGGAGAAACAACCGUGCCCGGAGCAACAACCGUGCCAGGAGAAACAACCGUGCCUGGAGCAACAACCGUGCCUGGAGCAACAACCCUGCCAGGAGAAACAACCGUGCCUGGAGCAACAACCCUGCCAGGAGAAACAACCGUGCCUGGAACAACAACAGUGCCUGGAGCAACAACCGUGCCAGGAGAAACAACCGUGCCUGGAGCAACAACCGUGCCUGGAGCAACAACCGUGCCAGGAGAAACAACCGUGCCAGGAGCAACAACCCUGCCAGGAGAAACAACCGUUCCUGGAGCAACAACCGUGCCUGGAGCCACAACCGUGCCAGGAGAAACAACCGUGCCUGGAGCAACAACCGUGCCUGGAGCAACAACCGUGCCUGGAGAAACAACCGUGCCUGGAGCAACAACCGUGCCUGGAGCAACAACCGUGCCUGGAGCAACAACCGUGCCUGGAGCAACAACCGUGCCAGGGGAAACAACCGUGCCUGGAGCAACAACCCUGUCAGGAGCAACAACCGUGCCAGGAGAAACAACCGUGCCAGGAGCAACAACCCUGCCAGGAGAAACAACCGUUCCUGGAGCAACAACCGUGCCAGGGGAAACAACCGUGCCUGGAGCAACAACCGUGCCAGGAGAAACAACCGUGCCUGGAGCAACAACCGUGCCUGGAGCAACAACCGUGCCUGGAGAAACAACCGUGCCUGGAGCAACAACCCUGCCAGGAGAAACAACCGUUCCUGGAGCAACAACCGUGCCAGGGGAAACAACCGUGCCCGGAGCAACAACCCUGCCAGGAGAAACAACCGUGCCUGGAGCAACAACCGUGCCUGGAGCAACAACCGUGCCUGGAGCAACAACCGUGCCAGGAGAAACAACCGUGCCAGGAGCAACAACCCUGCCAGGAGAAACAACCCUGCCAGGAGAAACAACCCUGCCAGAAGAAACAACAUUGCCAGGAACAACUGCUCAUGUCUGUAUGGAAGAAGCUCUUGAAUUAGACUCUGAUGCUUUGACAUUCUCUUUGUCAGACACCGAUUUCAUAGAAGUCUUCAACUUCGGAGACGAUGAGAAAAAACUGAUGAGACUAGACUUUGAGUCUUCGGGAGAUUCUGAAGGUACGUUCGCAUUCAGCUUCCAGCUGCUCGACUCCGAGGGAGAAGUUCUGUUCGCUGCCGAUACCGGAUCAGGAAAAGACGCCGGCCCUGUUGUGCUCAAGCCCAAUCCUACGAGACCAUCGCAGUCGGCAGAUAAAAGCGUAGACUUUGAUGAAUUGAUGGUGUCGGUUCUCAAGAUCAAACUUCUACGAGUCACGCCUGUUGCUAGUAAUGGAGAUGACAUCACGCUCAAAGUGGCUCCGGUCGUCUGCGCAAAACCAGUCACUAGCACCGAACCACCAGAAGUGACCACCGCUCCUCCCGAAGUGACAUCAGGACCCCCAGAAGUGACAACUGCUCUUCCAGAAGUCACAACAGGACCCCCAGAAGUAACCACCGAAGAGUCAGAAACAACUCCAGGAACAACAAUAGAAAUGACGAGCACUUCUACAAUCACCCCUUGUGCCGAGGACGAGGAAAUGAACGCAUUGCCGCCUCCGACCAAAAGGCAACCAUCCUCUAGAAGCACCGCAUCAUCUGGAACAACUGGACCAGUAGUCACUGAAUCCGCUGGACAAACGCCUGUCAAACCAUUUACACCAGCAACCGCGGGGCCAACAACUACCGGACCCGGUGGACCAACAACUACCGGUUCCGGUGGACUAACACCUGUCGGACCCGCUGGACCAACACCUGCAGGACCCGCUGGACCAACAACUGCCGGACCCGCAACUGCAGGACCCGCUGGAUCAACAACUGCCGGACCCGCUGGACCAACACCUGCCGGACCCGCUGAACCAACACCUGCAGGACCCGCUGGACCAACCCCUGCCGGACCCGCUGGACCAACAACUGCCGGACCCGCUGGACCAACACCUGCCGGACCCGCUGAACCAACACCUGCAGGACCCGCUGGACCAACCCCUGCCGGACCUGCUGGACCAACACCUGCGGGAACCGCUGGACCAACAACUGCCGGACCAACUGGACCAACAACUGCAGGACCCGCUGGACCAACAACUGCCGGACCCGCUGGACCAACACCUGCAGGACCCGCUGGACCAACACCUGCAGUACCCGCUGGACCAACACCUGCAGGACCCGCUCGACCAACACCUGCAGGACCCGCUGGACCAACACUUGCAGGACCCGCUGGACCAACAACUGCUGUACCCACUGGACCAACAACUGCCGGACCCGCUGGACCAACACCUGCAGGACCCGCUGGACCAAUACCUGCAGGACCCGCUGGACCAACACCUGUGGGACCCGCUGGACAAACAACUGCUGGACCAAGAACUGCCGGACCCACUGGACCAACACUUGCAGGACCCACUGGAAGCACAAUCGUAACAUCCGCUACUGCACCGGGAUUUACAGUUUUAACGGCAACAGCGAUAUCCGGGAGCUCUGAAGCAACCGUUGCUACAGCACUUGGAUCUACAGAAGUAACAGCCGCGACUCUGUCAGAAAGUACGGGCGCAACAUUCGUCACUGGAAGCACAGGCGCAACCGCCGCUACUGUACCGGGAGUUACAGUUGUAGCGGCCACAGCGAUAUCCGGGAGCUCUGAAGCAACAGCUGCUACAGCAUUUGGAUCUACAAAAGUGACAUCUGUUACUCAGUCAGAAAGGACCGGCGCAACAUUCGCAGCUGGAAGCACAGGCGUAACCGCCGCUACUGAACCGGGAGUUACAGUUUUAACGGCCACAGCGAUAUCCGGGAGCUCUGAAGCAACAGCUGCUACAGCAUUUGGAUCUACAGAAGUGACAUCUGUUACUCAGUCAGAAAGGACCGGCGCAACAUUCGCAGCUGGAAGCACAGGCGUAACCGCCGCUACUGAACCGGGAGUUACAGUUGUAGCGGCCACAGCGAUAUCCGGGAGCUCUGAAGCAACAGCUGCUACAGCAUUUGGAUAUACAGAAGUGACAUCUGUUACUCAGUCAGAAAGGACCGGCGCAACAUUCGCAGCUGGAAGCACAGGCGUAACCGCCGCUACUGAACCGGGAGUUACAGAUUUAACGGCCACAGCGAUAUCCGGGAGCUCUGAAGCAACAGCUGCUACAGCAUUUGGAUCUACAGAAGUGACAUCUGCUGCUGGAAGCACAAGCGGAACAGUCGCUGCUGCAUCAGUAAGCACAGGGGCUACUGCUGCAACGGUUUCUGGAAACAUGGGACCUACGGCUGCCAUUCCAAUGGAGUCCACGGAAGGCAUAACUGCACCUCAGUCACGCAACACAGAAGCAACAUCAGCUAUCGGAUCAACUGAGCCUGCUCAAACAGAACCUACUGGAUCAACAGCUGUCAGACCCAUUGGAAUAAGUGGACCAUCAACUACAGCACCCUCAGGAUCAACACCUGCAGGACCCGUUGGACCAACACCUGCUGGAACCACCGGACCAAUAACUGGUGGACCAACCCCUGCAGGACCUGGUGGACCAACCCCUGCAGGAACCGCUGGACCAACACCUGCUGGACCCGCUGGAGCAACAACUGUGGACCCGCUCGACCAACAACUGCUGGAAUUGCUGGGCCAACACCUGCAGGACCCGCUGGACCAACAGCUGCUGUGCCCUCCGGAACAACACCUGCAGCUCCCGCUGGACCAACAACUCCAGCACCCGCUGGACCAACAACUGCCGGACCCGCUGGACCAACACCUGCCGGACCCGCUGAACCAACACCAGCAGGACCCGCUGGACCAACCCCUGCUGGACCAACACCUGCGGGACCCGCUGGACCAACAACUACCGGACCGACUGGACCAACAACUACCGGACCGACUGGACCGACACCUGCCGGACCCGCUGGACCAACAACUGCCGGACCCGCUGGACCAACACCUGCAGGACCCGCUGGACCAACACCUGCAGGACCCGCUGGACCAACCCCUGCUGGACCAACACCUGCAGGACCCGCUGGACCAACACCUGCAGGACCCGCUGGACCAACCCCUGCUGGACCAACACCUGCAGGACCCGCUGGACCAACACCUGCAGGACCCGCUGGACCAACCCCUGCUGGACCAACACCUGCAGGACCCGCUGGACCAACACCUGCAGGACCCGCUGGACCAACACCUGCAGGACCCGCUGGACCAACACCUGCAGGACCCGCUGGACCAACACCUGCCGAACCGAGAGCCAACAGCAGUGAUGGAGAUAGUUCUGUCAACUCCUGGAGUGUCUAAAGACACUGAGUUGCUGAUCGAAGUGAUCGACGAGAGUGGAGCUUCCUCCUUCUUAGCUCCAAGUGGAAACACAGUCCGAACUGUGGCUGCUACUUCAGCCGAGGAGGCAUGGUUCUCAGUGGCCGCUUCUGGAUCUCCCUCUGAAUUCUUGAUCAAGAACGACGACGACUCUCUGGAAAUUAUUGUGCAGUCACUCAUCCUCCAUGUCAAGGGAUGUUCUGAAGGAAUCAUUGACAUCGACCUCAUUGGAUGUUACAAGCCAACAACGACAUACGAGCAAGAAUUCACAGAGACGACUGGAGAAACUAUAACUGAAGAAAUGACAACAACUAUCACUGCAACUAUCACACCAUGCGAGAAUGGAACUAUGGAAACAUUGCCACCUCCUACAAAUGAUUUCACUACAAGGACUCCUAAAGCUCUAAAAACUACUCCGUCAUCUGAAGCCGAAGAAGGAUCAACUGCUGGAUCAUCUAGGCCUACAGAAGGACCGAUUGAAACGGCAACAUCCGGACCCACACCUGCAGGACCAACGCCUACAGGACCCGCUGGACAAACAAUUACCGGACCAGCUGUUACAACACCUGCCGGACCCGCUGGACCAACACCUGCAGGACCCGCUGGACAAACACCUGCAGGACCCGCUGGACAAACAUCAACCGGACCCGCUGUACCAACACCUGCAGGACCCGCUGGACCAACACCUGCCGAACCCGCUGGACCAACACCUGCAGGACCCGCUGGACAAACAACUGUCGGACCCGCUGGACCAACACCUGCCGGACCCGCUGGACCAACACCUGCAGGACCCGCUGGACAAACAACUGUCGGACCCGCUGGACCAACACCUGCCGGACCCGCUGGACCAACACCUGCGGGACCCGCUGGACAAACAACUGUCGGACACGCUGGACCAACUUCUGCCGGGCUCGCUGGACUAACACCUGUCGGACCCGCUGGACCAACACCUAGAGGACCCGCUGGACCAACACCUGCAGGACCCGCUGGACCAACACCUGCCGGACCCGCUGGACCAACACCUGCCGGUCCCGCUGGACCAACACCUGCAGGGCCCACUGGACAAACUAUUGCCGGUUCCACUGCACCAACUACUGUAGGACCAGCUGGACCAACGCCUGCUGGACCAUCAGCAGCCACUGCUACAGAACCCUCUGGAACAACACCUGCUGGACCAUCUGAACCUAGUGCAGUAGAAACAUCUGGACCCACUGCUGCAGGACCUGUUGGAUCUACGGAAGUAACAGUAACUCUACCAGAAAGCACUCGGGCGACUGCCGCAUCUAAAGCUGGAAUAACAGGACCUACACUUGGUACUCCAGUUGGUUCCACCGAAGGAGCAGCGACUCAACCAGAAAGCACAAGAGCUGCGGGGGCUACCGUAAGUACUGGUGCCACAUUUGCAACUCAACCUGAAGGCAAUGGUGCAACAGCAGUUUCACUAUCUGGAACUACCGGAGUAACAAGCGUUACUGAAGCAAGCGACACCGCGCCAACUGCCGCAUCUGUAGCUGGAAAAACGGUGCCUACAGCUGGUUCUCCAGUUGGUUCUACGGAAGGUGCAGCUACUCAACCAGAAAACACAGGAGCUACGGGGGCUACCAUAAGUUCUGGUGCCACAGUUGCAACUCAACCUGAAAGCACUAGUGCAACAGCAGUCUCGCAAUCUGAAAUCACAGGAGUAACCAGCGCUACUGCAUCAAGCAAUGCCGCGGAGACUAAAGCAUCUGUAGCUAGAACCACAGGUCCUACAUCUGGUACUUCAGUUGUUUCUACGGAAGGUGCAGCUACUCAACCAGAAAGCACAGGGGCUUCGGGGGCCACCAUAAGUUCUGGUGCUACAGUUGCAACUCAACCUGAAAGCACUAGUGCAACAGCAUUCACGCUAUCUGAAACCACAGGAGUAACAAGCGUUACUGAAGCAAGCGUCACCGCGCCAACUGCCGCAUCUGUAGCUGGAAAAACAGCACCUUCAGCUGGUACUCCAGUUGGUUCUACCGAAGAAGCAGCGACUCAACCAGAAAGCACAGGGGCUACGGGGGCCACCAUAAGUUCUGGUGCCACAGUUGCAACUCAACCUGAAAGCACUAGUGCAACAGCGUUCACGCUAUCUGAAUUCACAGGAGUAACAAGCGUUACUGAAGCAAGCGUCACCGCGGAAACUGCCGCAUCUGUAGCUGGAAUCAUAGGACCUACAACUGGUACUCCAAUUGGAUCUACGGAAAGAGCAGCGACUCAAUCAGAAAGCGUUGGAGUUACUGAGGCUACCGUUAGUGCUGGCACCACAGUUGCAACUCAAUCGGAAGGCACUGGUGCAACAGCAGUUACACUAUCUGAAAUAACAGAAGUAAGCGGCGCUACUGGACUAACUGUCGGACCUGCUGGAACAACAACCGUCGGACCCGCUGGACCAACACCUACAGGACCAACAACUGCUGGACCCGCGGGCGCAACUCCUGCAGGACCCGCUGGGCCAACACCUGCAGGACCCGCUGGACCAACAACUGCAGGACCCGCUGGACCAACAACUGCCGGAACCGCUGGACCAGCAACUGCAGGACCCGCUGGACCAACAACUGCCGGAACCGCUGGACCAGCAACUGCCGGACCUACUGGAUCAACACCUGCAGGACCCGCUGGACCAACAACUGCCGGAAUCGCUGGACCAACAACUCCCGGAUCGACUGGAUCAGCACCUGCUGGACCAACACUUGCAGGACCCGCUGGACCAACAACUGCCAUACCCGCUGGACCAACAACUGCCGGACCCGCUGGAUCAACACCCACAGGACCCGCUGGACGAACGACUGCCGGAAUCGCUGGACCAACAACUGCCGGACCGACUGGAUCAGCACCUGCUGCACCAACACUUGCAGGACCCGCUGGACCAACAACUGCCAUACCCGCUGGAACAACAACUGCCGGACCUGCUGGAUCAACACCCACAGGACCCGCUGGACCAACGACUGCUGGACCCGCUGGACCAACAACUGCCGGACCCGCUGGGCCAACAAUUGCCGGACCCGCUGGACCAACAACUGCCGGACUCGCUGGAUCAACACCCACAGGACUCGCUGGACCAACAACUGCUGGACCCGCUGGACCAACAACUGCCGGACCCACUGGAUCAGCAACUACCGGACCCGCUGGACCAACAACUGCAGGUCCCUCUGCACCAACAACAGCCGGACCCGCUGGACCAACACCUGCAGGUCCCGCUGGACCGACAACUGCCGGUCCGACUGGACCAACAACAGCUGAGAGCGAGGGUACGACAAAUGAAAUUACUGAAGAGACAACGUCGGAGUCCUUGAGUGAGGGUAGUUCAACAGUAACUAUGUGCGAACCAGAGAUUGGAUUCCUCUGCGACGAGGAUAUGAGCUCUGAAGAACUAUCACGAUACUCAUACGAGGAUCCACAACUAGUGAUGGAGAUCUCUUUGGCAGUAACUAACGUCACAGACACGACUGAAUUGCUCAUAACGUAUUACGACGAAGAGGGAACCAAAUUCUAUCUCGACCGAGUCGGAAACUCUGUGUUUGAAAACAUCGACGCAUCUUCACCAGAAGCAGCUGCCAGCCCGAAACCAUGGUUCAGUAUAGGAGGUGAUGACGUUCCUGCUUCAAUCUCAUUCGCGAAUGAGGAGAAUACGAUAGAGAUCAAGACUCUCGUCAUUGAGAUCAAAGGAUGCUCCGAGGGAUUGGUGGAACUGAAUUUGAUCGGAUGUUACAAACCUGGCACAACAGUUGCUGAAACAACUGAAGGACCUACUGAAGAAACGACCACACCUGAAGAAGAAACGACAAUGACAUCAACAAUUACACCAUGCGCUGACGAAGAAAACAUGACGUCUCUUCCACCGCCUACUGUCAUAUAUUCGUCAACAUCUGCACCGCCUUCAGCAGUGUCCUCUCUGGAACCAGCUGAAGAAGUUGAGCAAACCACUACUGCCGCGCCAUCGGAAAAAGAAGUACCUUCAGCAACCGCCCCUGCUGCACCCACAACGACUGGACUGGAAGGGCCAAAAUCUUCCAAACCCGCUGAACCAACACCUGUAGGACCAUCUGGACCACCCACUGCUACCGAACCCUCGGGAAUAACAACUGCAGGACCAUCUGAACCCACUGUUGCAGGACCUUCUGGACCCACUGCUGCCGGACCAUCUGAACCCACUGUUGCAGGACCAUCUGGACCCACUGCUGCAGGACCAUCUGAACCCACUGUUGGAGGACCAUCUGGAUCAACUGCUGCCGGACCAUCUGGACCUACUACUGAAGGGCCAUCUGGUCCUACUGCUGCCGGACCUUCUGGAAUAACAAAUGCAGGACCAUCUGGACCUACUGUUGCAGGACCAUCAGGACCCACUGCUGCCGGACCUUCUGGAAUAACAACUGCAGGACCAUCUGGACCCACUGCUGCAGGAUCAUCUGAAACCACUGCUGUCGGACCAUCUGGAUCCACUGCUGCCGGACCAUCUGAACCCACUGUUGCAGGACCAUCUGGACCCACUGCUGCAGGACCACCUGAACCCACUGUUGCAGGACCAUCUGGAUCAACUGCUGCCGGACCAUCUGAACCUACUACUGAAGGGCCAUCUGGUCCUACCGCUGCCGGACCUUCUGGAAUAACAACUGCAGGACCAUCUAAAACCACUGCUGCCGGACCAUCUGAAUCCACUGCUGCCGGACCAUCUGAAUCCACUGCUGCCGGACCAUCUGAACCCACUGUUGCAGGACCAUUUGGACCCACUGCUGCUGGACCAUCUGGAUCCACUGCUGCAGGAACAUCUGGAGCCACUGCUGUUGGACCAUCUGGAAUAACAACUGCAGGACCAUCUGGAACCGCUACUGCAGGACCAUCUGGACCCACUGCUGCAGGACCAAUCGGAUCUACGGAAGAAAGAGUGACUCCAAGAGAAAGCACCGGAGCAACUGCCGCAUCUGUAGCUGGAAUAACAGGACCUAUACCUAGUACUCCAGUUGGUUCUACCGAGGGAGCAGUGACUCAAACCGAAAACACAGGAGCUACGGAGGCUACCAUAAGUGCUGGCGCCACAGUUGCAACUCAACCCGAAGGCACUGGUGCAACAGCAGUUACACUAUCUGAAAAUACGGGAGUAACAAGCGUUACUGAAGCAAGCGUCACCGCGCCAACUGCCGCAUCUGUAGCUGGAAAAACAGUACCUUCAGCUGGUACUCCAGUUGGUUCUACCGAAGAAGCAUCGACUCAACCAGAAAGCACAGGAGCUACGGGGGCUACCGUAAGUGCUGGAGCCACAGUUGCAACUCAACCUGAAGGCACUGGUGCAACAGCAGUUACACUAUCUGAAACCACAGGAGUAACAAGCGUUACUGAAGCAAGCGUCACCGCGCCAACUGCCGCAUCUGUAGCUAUAAAAACAGCACCUUCAGCUGGUACUCCAGUUAGUUCUACCGAAGAAGCAGCGACUCAACCAGAAAGUACAGGAGCUACCCGGGCUACCGUAAGUGCUGGAGCCACAGUUGCAACUCAACCUGAAGGCACUGGUGCAACAGCAGUUACACUAUCUGAAAAUACCGGAGUAACGGGUGCUACUGUAUCCGCAGAAACAUCUGCAACUACUGAAGGAAUAACAGUCAAAACCGCUGCACCAGCAACUGCCGCAACCGCUGGACCAACAACUGCUGGCACCGCUGGACCAACACCUGCAGGGCCCUCUGGACCAACACCUGGCGCACCCAUUGGAACAACUUCUGCCGGACCCGCUGGACCAACACCAACACCUGUCGCGCCCGCUGGACCAACACCUGCUGGACCCACUGGACCAACAACUGCGACACCCGCUGGACCAACAACUGCAGCACCCGCUGGACUAACCCCGGCAGGACCCGCUGGAACAACAACUGAAGGACCCGCUGCACCAACACCUGCAGGUCCCGCUGGACCAACCCCGGCAGGUCUCGCUGGACCAACCCCGGCAGGACCCGCUGGACCAACACCUGCUGGACCCACUGGACCAACAACUGCCACGCCCGCUGGAUCAACAACUGCAGCACCCGCUGGACCAACCCCGACAGGACCAGCUGGAACAACAACUGAAGGACCCGCUGCACCAGCACCUGCAGGUUCCGCUGGACCAACCCCGGUAGGACCCGCUGGAACAACAACUGAAGGACCCGCUGCACCAACACCUGCAGGUCCCGCUGGACCAACAACUGCCCGAUCCGCUGGACCAACAACUGCCCGAUCCGCUGGACCAACGCCUGUUGCACCCGCUGCACCAACAACUGCCGGACCCGCUGCACCAACACCUGCUGGACCCGCUGAAAUUACACCUGCCGGACCCGCUGGACCAUCAACUGUUGGACUCACUGGACCAACAACUGCUGAACCAACACCUACUGGACCCGCUGGAUCAACACCUGCCGGACCCGCUGGAUCAACACCUGCAGGGCCCGCUGGAUCAACCCCUGGAGGACCAGCUGGACCAACAACUGCUGGACCCGUUGGACCAACAACGGCUGGACCCAUUGAACCAAUAUCUGAAAGACCCAAUGAGUCCACUACUGCUGUAUCUAACUUGCCAAGCACGAUCUCUGCUCCAGAUGUUGGCUACAGCUGUGAUGCGUCAACAGCUAACAAACAGUAUACGACCUACAGAUACGAAGAGCCUGUGGCUGUGAUGGAAAUAGUGCUCGGCCUUUCUGAAGUGAGCGACGGCACGCAAUUGAUGAUCAGUUUCACUGACUCGGACGGCAAAGUGUUCGUUCUGAAUCCAAACAGCCCAGACUUGUCCUCAUUUGAACCCAGACUUGAAGCUGAUACUGCCGUCCCACCUUUGUUCCCCGUGUCUGGAAGUGAGGAUGUAAGCAUCAUGUUCUCCAACGAGGGAGCCACCAUCGAAGUGUCCACUCUCACCGUCACCAUCCAGGGCUGCUCCGAGGGACUAGUCGACAUAGACCUGGUCGGAUGCUACAAAGAAACAACGACGACUAGUUACACCACAUCCGAAAUAACAUCAUCAGAAACUACAACAGAAAGCGGACCCUCUGAGUUCAGCUGCGAAAAGAUCUCGCCAGCACCCAAAGAGGAUAUCGAGUUCGAUCUCAUGCCAGCCGACAACGAUGAUGACGAGGAAUCCAAUUCUAUUUGCACCGAAGAUAUGUCUGACCUAACAUCAUUUGCAGAACUGUCUUUCACCGACUCUGCCGCAACAGCUGUCGAAGAGAUUGUCAUUUCUGGUCUGACUAACGUCGACGAAGAUACCCUGACUGUUGUUUACGAAGAUGUUGAUGGUUCCUUGCAAGUCCUGGAACUGACUGUAGUUUCUUCGACGUUGGAAUCGUCGCCAGGUUCUCCGAGCGUUCUCUAUGUUGCAGUCCAACAAGAUGCAACUCCGCUAGAAGAAGGAUCAACACCACUGCCUACCUUUGUGGCCCCGAUAAGUGAAUCUGGAGACGUCCUCGUAAUCCUUGGUCUUGACAUCACGACAUCCAAACUCUUCAUAGCAGCUGACAACAAGGACUGCGGCGAACUUGACGUCUCUGUACAUUUCUGCGGCAAAGUAUCAACUACGACAGCUGGUCCUACAACAACUGCGACAACUAUAUCCGAAGCUACGACGACAUCUGAAGUUACGACUAUUGAACCCGAGGAGUCAAGUUGCGAGAAGGUAUUUGCAUCACCAAGAGAAGAAAUCGAAUAUGCUCUCACUCCAGCCGAAAGCGACGAUGAUGACGAGUCCGACACGAUUUGCACAGAAGAUAUGUCCGAUGUGACUACAUUCGCCGAGUUGACAUUCGCCGACUCGGUCGCAACAGGAGUCGAAGAGAUUGUCAUCUCUGGUCUUACAAACGUGGAUGAAAGCACUCUGGCUAUUGUUUAUGAAGAUGCAAAUGGAGACAAGCGAGUGCUGCAGCUGACAGUGUUGUCGUCCAUUUUGGAGGAGUCUCCGGUCGGCACUUCUGAAGUCCUGUAUGUCACUGUUGAACAAGAUUCAUCACCGCUGACCGAUGAAUCACUGGCACAAGCCCUCUUUGUGGAUCAGACUGGUGCCCCUAUCGAUACCCCAGUAACAUCCGAAGUAAUCCUAGCUAUCAAGGGUCUCGAUAUCACGACGUCUAAGUUGUAUGUGGGAGCUGACAACGAUGACUGCGGAGAACUCUUUGUUUCUGUACAUGUCUGCGGAAAGAAAUCAACAACUACAAUAGCAUUGGAAACAACCUCCUUAGAAACAACAUAUUUGGGAACAACAUCAUUCAAAACAACAUCAUCAGGAACAACAUCAUCAGGAACAACUUCAUCAGGAACAACGUCAUCCGGAACUACAUCCUUAGAAGCAACAUCCUCAGAAACGACAUCUUCAGGAACAACAUCAUCGGGAACAGCAUCAUCAGGAACAACUUCAUCAGGAACUACAUCCUCAGAAGCAACAUCCUCAGAAACGACAUCUUCUGGAACAUCAUCAUCCGGAACAACAUCAUCAGGAACAACUUCAUCAGGAACAACGUCAUCCGGAACUACAUCCUCAGAAGCAACAUCCUCAGAAACGACAUCUUCAGGAACAACAUCAUCGGGAACAACUUCAUCAGGAACUACAUUCUCAGAAGCAACAUCCUCAGAAACUACAUCUUCAGGAACAACAUCAUCGGGAACAGCAUCAUCAGGAACAACUUCAUCAGGAACUACAUCCUCAGAAGCAACAUCCUCAGAAACGACAUCUUCUGGAACAUCAUCAUCCGGAACAUCAUCAUCCGGAACAACAUCAUCAGGAACAACUUCAUUAGGAACAACGUCAUCCGGAACUACAUCCUCCGGAACAACAUCCUCAGAAGCAACAUCCUCAGAAACGACAUCUUCAGGAACAACAUCAUCGGGAACAACUUCAUCUGGAACAACAUCAUCUGGAACAACAUCAUCUGGAACAACAUCAUCAGGAACAACUUCAUCAGGAACAACGUCAUCCGGAACUACAUCCUCAGAAGCAACGUCGUCCGGAACUACAGCCUCAGAAGCAACAUCCUCAGAAACGACAUCUUCAGAAACAACGUCCUCAGAAACGACGUCUGCAGGAACAAAAUCAUCAGGCACGACUUUUUCAAGAACCACUUCCUUAGAAAUCACAUCAGUGACAACUUCUCUACCGGUCACCGGAAGUGAAGGCAGUACUCGUUUCACCACUGAAAGGUCAUUCGCAUCUACAACCUCUUCUCCUUGCAAUGUCUGCGAAGUUGAUAUGGUCGAAGUCACGGAACAAAUCUCUACCGCGCAGAACUCUUUCAAGAGCUUCGCACUUGGCACCUGUUAUAAGAUAACUGAGUUCGAACUCGCCUUCAGUGGCGUUAAUUUGCCAGACCCUGUCCUGGACCCGUUCGAGUUCCACCUCAUUGUCAGAGACGUCAACGGAGACUUUUAUGGAGUUGUCGAAGUUAACUUCGUCUACGAAUACAAACUACUCGACAAUCCAGGAGACGUUUUCAGCAUGGCAACCAAAACAUUCGACCCGUUUGAACUCGAAGACAGUAUGGAUAAUAAAUUGGUGACGUUCACGACUGUCCAGAACCCCACUUCAUUCUUCAAACGAGGCCCAGCUGCCCUGCCAGAGGAGUUCUUCUCUCUCAGCGAGACCAGGUAUAUGUGGGAUCUACCAUCGAGCAAUGAGGCGAUCAGCAACAUGGAAAAUGUGCAGUUCGUUUACCUGUUGGUGAAGAGUCCCAUAGACUCUCCUCUCAACAGCCUCGAAGUGAAUGUCGAUCUGGGAGCAGUGGACUCCGAUCUCUGCUACGAGGAAUGCACUGAAAUGCGAGACAGCAUGUCGUGUGCGCCAACAAGAACUUCAGCGUCCACUGUUGAACAGAAAAUUGAAACUCAAAUUAACACAGUUGCCGGUAUCACCACCGAGAAAAUUAACACCGUCAUGACUUCUGCUGCAGGAACCACACUUACCCCUUUGACCAGCACCGAGAAAAUCAUUACUGUUAUGUUUUCUGCUGCAGGAGCCACAGUGGAGUCUAUUCAGACCAAGACGAACUCAGAAGCUCAGUUCACUGUCAAAGUGACUCAGACCACAACCGAAGCAGCAAUUGUGACAAAUGCACCGAAUACUGUUCCAACGGUCACAAUUGGACCUCGACCGGAGACAGAAACAACAACCCAGCCUCAAACGACACAAGCAAUCGACGUUUGCGAUGGCAUUGCACAGCUGCCCUGUGGAUCGUUCCAGUCCAUAGUGACCAGCUACGUGUGUGACACCACAGCUAUGGUCCCAUACCCCACCACAGAUGCAGAAUGUUCAGUGCCAUGUGACCCCUACGUGGAACUGACCAUAACUGUGUGCCAGGGCACAGAGAGUGAAGAAGGAGUCAGCACCUGUGAAAUGGGCGACUGCGAAGCCGGCCAGGAAUAUGUGAAUGCAAACUACUCCGCCCCAGUGGACAUGUGCAUGUACACUUGUGCAGGACGACAAGUCGGACCCGACAAUUGCUUCGCACCGACGACGAUGCCGUUCUGCAAGUGUGCGGGUGGGAAAGUGUGGGACGAGGCCGUGAACAAGUGUGUGGAGCCGAGUGAGUGCAGCUGUGUGAUUAAGACGGAGCAACAACUCACUGCUCUGGGCGAAGUGGACGAUGAGUUCAUCUUCAAUGGAGCCAUUAGAUCUUACUACAACUGUCCCGGAUUCGGAAGCGACAUCGCCUGCAACAUGGAAUGCCACGCUGGACAUCUGCAAGUGAAGUUUGACUGCAUGUGCAAAUACGAUGGAAAUCUAUACGAAAUUGGAGAGGAGAUCAUGGAUUAUGACGGAGUGAGUGCGGAGUCCUUCCAGUACCAGCCACCUCAGUGCUACAAGCCAGUGUGCGAGGGCACGGAAGAGGGAGCUGCUAUGAUUGGAUUCAAACACGUCUAUCAGAACCUCACGCAAGAAGACUGCGGAGAGGGCAAAAUGCUUGAUUACGACAUGCACGGGUGUGCUCAAUGCACCGAAGUCUCACUGUGCCGACCUUACGAGGAGGUAGAAAAACUGCAAAUCAUCCACGUGGAAUACGAGCACCAGAAUUUGAGGUCGCACACUUUCGUUUGUCUCUCGGAGGACUCUUGGGAGUUCACUGAGUGCAAGGGAUCAUGCGGAAAGAGCAUGUUCAAGAUCGGCGGCAAGAGCGACGAGAUCAUCUCCACCUGCAUGUGCUGCAAGGCCAAGGCAUGGAAGCUUGUCGAGGUGGACUUUGAGUGUGACGAGAGUGUGACAGGUGCUGAUGGUGAGGUAGUGGUGAUCAACCAGGGACUCACCAAGAAGUUCGUCAUCCCCUUCCACUCCAGCCUCUCCGGCAACCCAUACGAGAACACGUGCCAGUGCACAAAGUGCACAGACGCAAUCAACGUUACAAACGUACACGAGUUCGAAGACGAGAGCAAAAUCGAGACUAUCUUCUUCUUUGUGGACGCCGUCAGUCGCGAUUUCAUCAGCGAGAGGUGUACUCUGAUCUACGAUGGAGUGAACAAGACAGCCACUAGCUACUCCACCACAGCCGCUCUGCUGGCCCUGGGAGACAGCUAUACUGUAGUCUGUGACGGAUACGAAAUCGCUAAUGGCAAAAUGAGCGCCAAAGACGCCAGGACGAAGACGAUUCUGGUGGAGAUGGUGCAAACUCCACCUCCCGGACUCAUCAACACAAUUCUGGACUGGGAAGACCUCAUUGAUGUGGACUUGUCUCUAUACAUGUACUGCAAUGUCAGAGAUCUAACGACCCGCCCACCCCUCGUCAACUACUUCACAACUGAACUGUACUGCGACGGAGUGAAUGGAGACGCCUUCUUCAUCAACGAUGGAUUCGGAGUGGGUCAGAAGGAACUGGUGCAGACCAGAGAGACUCCCGAGGCCAUCAAGUGCUUCGUCGCUGAGGGCGCACCCACUUCCAACGACGUCGGAUCCCUCAUUGUGAGAAGCUACCUCCCAAUGCACGCCAAGAUCACCCGAUUUGACGCGGAAGUGAGUGUGGAUGACGCACUAAGAGUGGAGCUGAACAUGGUAGGAGGACCCUGCUUCAAAUGGCUCAUCGGAUGCGAAACACCAACUUCAGACUUCACAAAACAGGAGUUCCGAGUCAUCAACAGAUGUUACGAGACUAGCGAGCAAGUUCUGUCAACUAUUUCGGAAGCACUCUCCGAUUUGACGACGAGCGAAGCGCGGUAACUCCACGACACAUCGCGAUAAUUCAUCACAAUUUGACGACAAAAAAGCACACAUCCGACAAAACAUAUCAAAUCAUAAUAGCAUUAAUCAUUAUUAAAUGAAGACAAUAGUCAUCAUACGCAUUGGAGCGUAUCAAAAAUCAUCUGCGAUCACAACGGACCUAACGGCUUUUUUGGACAAGCAAGCGUAUGCCCUCAAAAUUGUGAAAAUAACACAACCAAGUCACAAUUAAAACGCAAAAAGAAAGAAAAAGUAUCCGAACUGAUAAACUCUCAAAAAAUAACUCUGUCAUCUGAAUUGAGAUCGGAUCAAUUGGUUAAGGGUGAAUUAUAAUUAGUUAAUGAUACGAAGAUCUAACGAGGAUGAAGACGCUGCUUGCCACACGGACGACUAUGGAUUGAUUUGAGUCGCGGAUCCACGACCUUAAAAAACGGACCCUUCUCUCUCUGCAAAUACUG